AUGGAAAAGGAAUUACCUAAUGUCCCAAACAUAGAGAACGAUGACAGUGAGCAUUACAAAUUGAUUAGAGUCCAACCUGAAACAACAAAUAAGAAGUUUAAAUUGAUCAUAGUGGGUCACUCAAAUGUUGGGAAAACUACUAUAAUUAAUCAUUUCUGCAGUGGUGUAUACCAAGAUACUAUACCAACCACAGGUAUUGACUUUCAAGAAAUAUUUGUCAGAUUUGGGAACGAAACCAUCCACUUAAAUAUUGGGAUCGCAGGUGGGACAGAAAAGCAACGCUCUUUAGCUCAUUCAUACUAUAGUGGAGCUCAUGGUGUAUUUAUUGUCUAUGAUAUUACAGAUUUAAAUUCUUCAUUUGAACUAGAUGGUUGGAUAAAGGAUGUUGAAAAUUUUUCUGAUACAGAUGCAGUGAAAAUUUUGAUUGGUAAUAAAUGUGACGAUAUAAUAAACAGAGAGAUUUCAAUUGAAGAAGGACGGGAAAUAGCAGAAGUGUAUGGAAUUUCAUUUUUUGAAGUGUCUUCCAAAAGCAAUAUAAACAUAGACAAAUUGCUCUAUACAAUGAUAUCUGACUGUAUUAAAAAAGAGUUAAAGGAUAUAAAUGUCACAAACAAACCAAAUACAAUACCAAUGCAGUGCCCUAUAAUUGAAAAUGAAUUACCUGAUACAACUGAUACACCUUACUACAAAAUUAUAAAGAUUAAACCAGAAACGACAGUUCAGAAGUAUAAACUGGUCAUAGUUGGUCACUCAAAUGUUGGAAAAAGUUCUUUAAUUCAUCGUUUAUGCAAAGGUGUAUAUUCAGACAAUAUGUCUGACACUUCAGGUAUGGACUUUCAUAAAAUAUUUGUCAGUUUGAAGAAUAAAGCCAUCGAAAUAAAUAUUUGGGACACAGCUGGGACAGAAAAGUUUCGCUCUUUAUCUCAACAAUACUGUAGAAGAGCCCAUGGUAUAUUUAUUGUUUAUGAUAUUACAAAUUUAAGUUCUUCGUUUAAACUAGAUAGUUGGAUAAAAGAUGUUGAAAAUUAUUCUGAUUUAAAUGCAGUGAAAAUUUUGAUUGGUAGUAAAUGUGACGAUAAAUCAAACAGAGCGAUCUCAAUCGAAGAAGGACAGAAAAUAGCAGAACAGUUCAGAAUUCCAUUUUUUGAAGUGUCUUCCAAAACCAAUGUGAAUAUAGAAAAAUUAUUUUAUACAAUGAUUUCAAAAAUAUAUACAUCGGAACAAACAAAAAAUGAAGACUUGCUAAAAUUAUUAAAGGAUAUAAAUGUCACAAACAAACCAAAUACAAUACCAAUGCAGUGCCCUAUAAUUGAAAAUGAAUUACCUGAUACAACUGAUACACCUUACUACAAAAUUAUAAAGAUUAAACCAGAAACGACAGUUCAGAAGUAUAAACUGAUCAUAGUUGGUCACUCAAAUGUUGGAAAAAGUUCUUUAAUUCAUCGUUUAUGCAAAGGUGUAUAUUCAGACAAUAUGUCUGACACUUCAGGUAUGGACUUUCAUAAAAUAUUUGUCAGUUUGAAGAAUAAAGCCAUCGAAAUAAAUAUUUGGGACACAGCUGGGACAGAAAAGUUUCGCUCUUUAUCUCAACAAUACUAUAGAGGAGCCCAUGGUAUAUUUAUUGUUUAUGAUAUUACAAAUUUAAGUUCUUCGUUUAAACUAGAUAGUUGGAUAAAAGAUGUUGAAAAUUAUUCUGAUUUAAAUGCAGUGAAAAUUUUGAUUGGUAGUAAAUGUGACGAUAAAUCAAACAGAGCGAUCUCAAUCGAAGAAGGACAGAAAAUAGCAGAACAGUUCAGAAUUCCAUUUUUUGAAGUGUCUUCCAAAACCAAUGUGAAUAUAGAAAAAUUAUUUUAUACAAUGAUUUCAAAAAUAUAUACAUCGGAACAAACAAAAAAUGAAGACUUGCUAAAAUUAGUGGACAGCCCCACACCUCAAGAAUCUCCAGGAGGUUGUAGUUGUUAA